AUCCCAUUCGGGGAAUCGCUUUUGAGUGUUUGGGACCAAUUUCCUCUCGGUGGUAGACGUGUACUACUCCAGCAAAGCUCUUGACUUUUCUCCCUGACAGCCAUCGUCAUGUCUAAUAACAACGCCAGCAACAACUUAAUCAUCGCGCAAAGGGCCGUUAAACAGCUCCGGUUGGAGGCCAGCAUCCGAAGGAUCAAGGUGUCCCAGGCUGCCGCCGAGUUGAGAAACUUCUGUCUGCAAAAUGCCUCCAAGGACCCGCUUUUGGUUGGUGUCCCCUCAAGCGAUAAUCCCUAUAGACCACCAAAGUCUUGUUCCCUGUUCUGAGCUUGGUAUAACAAUGAAGAAUUUCUGAAUCUAUUCAACUAAGACCGUCUUCAAUCUCUACCUAAUGUUGCUGUAGAUCUACCAGCAGAUAUCCCUCCUGGACUGCAAGAUGAAUGGUUUCUGGAGAGGGAUUGGUCCGUUUGUUGGCUAAAACAAUUCAUCAAUCACAUUUAUGCUGCACCAAACUUGUGGAGUCCAAAAAUGGUCAAGAAAUAACACUACUGUUACUAAUGAAUUUGAAGUAUUUGUUUUGCUGAACAUUUAUUGUCCAAAUGUAUUAUUAUUAUGAGUGUAAUAGAUAGAGGCAGACCUUAAUUUAAUUCCAGUGCUAUUUUGUUAUAGAAGACAGCGAUGCUUAAUCAAACACAAGGCAUGCAUUGAAUUGUACUUGUGGCUAGGGCUGGGCAAUUAAUCAAAAUGUAAUCAUGAUUACAAUUUAGGAUUCUCUCAAUCGUAAAAGCAUUGUAAUUGGAAAAAACAAAACAAAAAAAAAACACCAUUGUGCUGCACUGCAUAGUGUCUGCAACUCCAGAAUAGUGUAAAAUUAACCAGAAUGGACAUGUUUAUGUGAGACUGGUACAGUUUAGCGGAUAGCAGUUCCUCAAAAGAAUUCAAUGUUGCUUGCUUUAAGCAUUUUAUUGAAUGUCAAUUUGACAUUUAUCGUAAAACUAAACACGCAACAAAAACAAUUGCACAUAAAUUUGAAUAUGACACAUACAAUACAUAUUUGGUUUAAGAUUUGUUCCAGAAAAUCACCGUCUUAAUGCCGGCACACAAUGUAAAACACAACUGACAGGUUAACCAAAAUUAGCAUCGAUUUACUUCUAACAGCAAAUACUAGUUAACAUACACACUGUAGGAACACAUGCAGACCAGUAAUAACAGUAUUCACACUUCACGGGCAUUUUUUUCUUCUGAAAAAAAAAUGAAGCUGUCAUGACGUUUUUUGUACUCUUCUUUCACCUUUAUGGUUAUAUCUGUAUACGCGCACCGAGCUUGUAGGAAGCCCAUAUGUGCGUAGGAAGAGGAGGCCAGCACAAUCCCCAGACCUCAACAUUAUUGAGCAUUCACGGUCUUUUUUUAUAGAUUCAGUUAGGACGUCGAUUUGCACUGCCAUCGUCUCAAAAAGAGCUCAAGGGUAUUCUAACUGAAGAAUGAUUUAAAAUUUUACGGGAAACAAUUCACAGGUUGUAUGAAUCAAUAGUUCGGAGAAUUGAGGCUGUAAUUAAAAGAUUAAGAGAUUAAAAGAAAAAAAAAUGAUUAAAAGGUAUAAAAGGCAAUAUGGUACACCAUAUUAAAUUAGUUUUUGUGGAUUUUUUUAAGGUGUAGCUAUUAUUUUGUCCAACCCCUGUAUUGUGAAACAACAAGAACACCUUUGAGAGAGAAGAUAAGAUUGAUUUCAGUCACCUGGAGACGUAUUUAGGUUUUACUGAUAGAUGAAUUUUGGUAGUUGGAAAAAAAAUGGUUCCAUUUGAAAUUAGUAAAUUAUUGACAUGUCAGUAUUCAGAAAAAAAACAUGAUUAUUAUUUGUUCCAUAAUUGCCCAGCUCUAAAUAUUUAUGAGGUUUGAUCCACUUUUCAGAUAUUUAUAGCAAUGGCGAUUGGCUAUGUUCUCACGGUACGGACCUACUGUAAAUGUGUUGGGGAAAAAUGCUUGUUUGUGUUGCUUGUACUCACCAUCUUUAAGACACGCCUUACACAUUUUGAAUAGCAAAUCAUUGUAUAUCAAAGUUUCAUUUUAUGAAUGUGAAUAGCCAAACAGCAGCUAUUUUUAAAGAAAAGGAAAAAAAAAAAAGCAUAGAUGUAACUUUUAAUGAAUCUUGAAGUGACCUGUUGUAUGACUUUUUCCAAAAAUGGAAUUGUAUGCCAUGCAACCAAAUCUUUUUCUACUGUUACCUUCUGUCAUCCUUAUCUUUGCUUCUAUUGGCACCUUUUUUAGAAAUUAAAUUUCUUUUUCAUAAACUGGCAAUUGGUUUCUUAGCAUCUUUGACCUCUCUUUCCUAACCCAAAGUAUUUUAUUAAUAAAUACCUUAGUCUGCAUGUACUGUAAAUAGUCACAGAGAAUGAAUAAUGGCAAUAAUGUGUUUGAUGGUCGCAAUAAACGCAUACUGCCUUGG